CUCUCAGAGGGGUGUUGUCGUGUUGAGCUCAACCGGUCAAUUAACGGGACGUGGUUUCGUGUUCAGCCACUUGGUCGAUCUAACCUAUUUGUGUCGCCCAGUUUGCAUCCAAACGUUUCUGUUUUCAUACUGUAAUGUCCGUGUUUUGUUGCCAGCACAACUAGGCCUAAACGAGAAAGGGGGAAAAUGGAAAAAGGGGCGAAAGGCAACUAUUUCCUGAACAGCAGAACGAGAGUAUCAACAGCUGCAGAUGAGUCAGAGAGUUGGAGAAGUCACCGGCAUCCUGACGGCCAGGAUCAUAGUCAGAGUCACAGCCCCAAAUCGAAGAGAGGGGGUAACGAUUGGCGUUUUGGAAUGAGCCCUAGGAGAAAGGCCCAUCUUUACUCUCCAGGCAGUUCUCCUGAAGGCUACAAAUUUGGACACAGUCCGUCACAGAGGGAGGGAUUCCGGAGGUUCGUCACACCGGACAGCCAUCGUAAAGCCAAUGAGGACAACUGGAGAGACUCUCUCCAGCAAUCCCCAAAGGAUCGGUGGAGACGAGACUCCCCCGCAAAAAAGGAACAGAAAAAAGAGAGCUUCAAAGGUCGUCUGGGCAAGAAGGAUGCAACAGAUUUCAAGACUCCCAGUUCAGGGGGCAAGCCAAGAUCGGAGCACAGGAGGAGAGACAGCAGCAGGACCGUUUUCAUCGGAAAUUGCGUCACAGUCAAAGAUCUUCACAAACUCUUUCAAGCAGAAGAAAGAAUUAUUAACGAUGACUUUCUCCACUUUAAGGGGAGGUCAGAUAUGGAGCGUAACAUCCAGUUUAACUGCGACGAGUGUCGGGUGGUCUGUGAAAACUUCAACGCAGCUGUCAGACACCUCAGAGAGAAGUCACACAAGAAAAAAGCCAAGGCAUCACGUGAGCUGAACUUGCUCCAGAACAUACCCCCUCCCUGCAAGGAGCAGAUCAUUGCGAUUGGUUCCGUUCUGAACGCAGUAGCCAGUGAGGUUGGGCUGUGUGACCAGGAUUUGGAGCAAAGGAAGAAAAUUGUUUCUCUAAUGGAAGAAGUCAUCAAACCCGUCCUACCAGACAGCACGCUCAGGUUAUACGGAUCUUCCUGCACGAAGUUUGGUUUCAAAGAUUCCGACGUUAACAUCGACAUCCAGUUCCCGUCCCACAUGCAUCAGCCAGAUGUUUUGCUCCUGGUUCAGGGUCGUCUUUCUUCCACCGAUCUGUUCGUGAAUGUGGAGGCUGACUUCCAUACCAGGGUCCCUGCAGUCGUGUGCAAAGAGAAAGACAGUGGUUUAAUCUGUAAAGUGACAGCAGGAAAUGACAGCGCCUGUCUGACCUCCGCCUACCUCUCUGAGCUGGCCAAUCAGGAGCCGCUCCUUCUCCUGCUGGUCUUGUGUUUCAGGCAGUGGGCCAGGAUUUGCCACGUAGACCAGAUGGACGAGGGGGGGUUACCCCCCUACUGUAUCGCCCUGAUGGUCAUCGCUUUCUUCCAGCAGCGGAAAGAGCCCCUCCUGCCCUCAUACCUGGAAUCCGCCAACCUUCCUCUGAGUAAACUGAAAGGUUUCUCUCUCACUGGGGUUGAAAACGGGCACGUGCAUUGGGAGUAUCACCCGCUCACAGCAGAUGGUCCGAAUGACGCCCCCGUUUCCGGCGAUAAGGCGGUGCAGAAGGGGAGGGCUCCUCUGGUCAUCCAAAGAGGCAGAGUGUCAGUAGAGCCGGGCCAGUUGUGGGUGGAGAUGCUGAGAUUCUAUUCGCUGGAGUUUCACAUACCUGAUAAAGUGAUCAGUGUUCGCACAAACGCACCGCUGUGGCGUGACACAAAGGACUGGCCCAAGAAGAGAAUAGCCAUCGAGGAUCCAUUUUCUGUGAAGAGGAACGUAGCUCGGACAGUUAACAGUCAGCUAAUAUUUGACUACUUCAUGCACUGCCUGAAAACGACCUACAAGUACUUUGCGUCACCCCUCGAUCAACUUACGGCUAAAAAUAAACCAGGAACUGAGCCAAGCCCUGAUGACAGCCCUAAGCCUUGCCAACCCACUUCUCUGAGUGACAUUAAUUACAUCCAAUCAGAGAUGGAACAUUUGAGAGUGACACCUGAUGAGACCAAUAGGCAUAGUGACAGACACGCAUCAGGCGAGGGUGAAUUUAAGUUUAAUUUUAAGGUGGAUUUGUUGGAGGAUUCUGACUGUGUGAUUGAGGAGGAGAUAGAAGAGGAGGAAGAAGAGGAGCGAGAGGUUGAAGAUGUGGAAGAAGAGGAGGAGGAGGAGGAGGAGUCUGAUUCAGAUGCGAUUGAAGAGGAGGAUGAUGAGGACGAUGAAGAUGAAGACAUUGAGCUUGACGAGUCGAAAUGGGAUCCUCUGGACGACGAACUGUUCGCCUUCGACGGAGAUCUGAGCGAAAGGCUUCCGUCAGACUCCGAGUCUGAGGAAGAGGAUGAGGAGGGUUCAGCGGAGGAGGAAGAUGGGCCUCCUCCGGUCGCUGCGUCUCCCGAGGAACCACCAAACGAACCGCCCAAACCUGGAACGCCGGACGAAGCGGACAAGUCCGCCGACAGGUUCUGCUAUGUGUUCAGCCGGCACGUCUUCACCAAUGGAAAGCGUCCGGCCGUGGUGUGCAGCCUGUGUAAACAGGACGGCCAUUCGAGGAAAGACUGCCCCGAGGACUUUAAGAAAGUCGACCUGGACCCACUGCCACCGAUGACCCCCCAGUUCCUCAAAACGCUCAACGACGUCUGUGAACAGUGCUACCGAGACUUUGCUCCUGAUGACAUAGAGGAACAGGUCAGAGAACACAUCCUCAAAGAUCUGGAGGUUUUCAUCCGACGUCAGAUCCAAGGUGCCAGGUUGAAGCUUUUUGGUUCUUCCAAAAACGGGUUUGGAUUCAAGCAGAGCGAUUUGGACAUCUGCAUGAUUCUGGAUGGCAAGGACACUGCGGAGGGUUUGGAUUGUAUUGGCAUAAUUAAGAACCUGGCCAAAGCCCUGCGGAAACAUCCGGGGCUGAAGAACAUCCUCCCUAUCACCACAGCGAAAGUGCCCAUCGUAAAAUUUUAUCACGUCAAAACCGGACUAGAAGGAGACAUUAGCUUGUACAACACCCUGGCUUUGCACAACACGCAGUUGCUGGCGUCGUAUGCGGCUAUUGAUCCUCGCGUGAAGAUCCUGUGUUACGUAAUGAAGGUUUUCUCCAAAGUGUGUGAUAUCGGAGAUGCGUCCCGUGGGAGUCUCUCCUCCUACGCCUACACGCUGAUGGUGCUGUUCUACCUCCAGCAGAGGAACCCCCCUGUCAUCCCCGUCCUCCAAGAGAUCUACGACGGUGAGAGAAAGCCCGAGGUACUUGUGGAUGGUUGGAAUGUGUACUUUUUCAAAGACUUGGAGAAUCUGCAUCAGCGCUGGCCUCAGUACAGAAAGAACAGGGAGUGUGUGGGGGAGCUCUGGCUGGGUCUGCUGCGCUUUUACACAGAGGUCUUUGACUUCAAGGAACACGUCGUCUGCAUCCGCAGAAAGGCCUUUCUCACCACCUUCAAAAAGCAGUGGACCUCCAAAUACAUCGUCAUCGAAGAUCCCUUUGACUUGAACCAUAACCUGGGUGCCGGCCUGUCGAGGAAGAUGACCAACUUCAUUAUGAAAGCGCUCAUUAACGGACGAAGAGUCUUUGGCACCCCGGUCAAACAUUUCCCGCCGGAGUACACCAACAAAAUGGAGUAUUUCUUCGACCCAGACGUGCUCACCGAAGGCCAGCUGGCGCCAAAUGACCGCUGCUGCCGGAUCUGUGGGAAAAUCGGGCACUUUAUGAAAGACUGUCCCAUGCGAAAGAAGAUGUGGCAGAGGCGGGAACACGGCGAGGAGUUUCUCGGAGGGCGGGAAGAGGCUGAGCUGUCCAGGAGUCCCAGAGAUCAGAUGAAGGAGGAGAAAAGGAGGAGAAAGCAGGAGAGGAGCUGUUUCCUGUGCGGUUCACAGGCGCACUUUAAGAAGGAGUGCCCCCUGAACAAGUCUCCUGUAGGGAGCUCCAAACAGGAGUUCAGCGCUUUCACGUCCUCCCCUUCCUCCAACCACCUGAGGAUUAUUCGAGAGAAAGAGAAACAGGGCUCUUCUCAGACGGAGGGGAAGAAGCAGAAGCCAAAAGUGAAGCGACUCGUUUUGGGCCCUCAGGCAGGCAGUCUUGCCAGCAAACACAUGGCUCUGAACCAGUCUGCACAGCGGGGGAAUCCUUUUGACUAAAACCCAGCCAAAAAUUGUUUUUUUUCUUUGUUAUUGUUGUUGUUGUUGUUUUGUUUUUUUUUUCCUCAAAAAAUGAUUGAGUUUUACCCUAAGUCAUAGAGAAAACUGGUUAGAGCCAAAGAUGACUCUGACCUUGUAGAACAUUUUAUGUUUUAUUACUAUGUGUUUAUCACUCCCAGAGAGAGGAGU